GUGGUCCUUUAAGAAAACACCCGCAGGGUGACCUCCUCCUGCGUCACCAGACACAGUAGCGGCGUGAUGAUCGCAGCAGGUGACGCUGUAUUUGUUCGCCCAAUCAGAGAGCUCCUACUUCCUUCAAACGCUGUAUGUGAAAACUGCGCGCGGACACCUUCUCCCCGGGUUCCCAUGGCGACCGCGUUACGCCAUCAGCGCGAUUCACAACAAACUGUAGAGAGCUAUCCACCAGAGUGGGAGAACACCGAGCUCUGUAUCGGCUACACCAGGCCAGUUUAGACAUGGGAUGGCUGCGCACUGGUCUCUAGUGUUCAGCACUCUGCGGGCGCCCGCUAGGCCAUGCCGGAAGUCACGCAGUGUCAGUUACCGCCGAUGACGUAGCGGGCGGUGACGGGGAGGAGGCGUUGCCGGUGUGGUAGUGCUGGUGUGUCGGUGCGGUGUUUUCGGAUUCCCCCCAGACCGGACACAUGGCGGCGCACACACCGAGACCGAUCAAAAGCAUCCUGAAAAAUAAGGAAUGUGAGCCUCCCGAGCGCCGGGUCACCAACCGGCAACAGCCGCAGCAAGAGCGGGACGACGAUCAGAGGUUGUGGGAUGGAGGGCUGCAUGGGGUACACGGCCUGCAGGGACACACACACACACACAACUCUCAUCAUCCUCAGCCAGCAGAUAUCCCAUAAACUGCAUGCCUACACACACACAACUCUCAUCAUCUUCAGCCAGCACAUCCCAGCUCUGGGCUGCAUUGAUCUUAAUUUCAGUCAGCCCAUAGAACCACCAUCUCCUUUAGCCAUGUGUCCUUACAGAGUAAUAGUCCAAUGAUGUGCUUAUAGUGUUACCUGUGGGGUCUGCUGUAUGUAGUACAUAGGGAUUGUAAACUGGUUCGUGGAGUGUGACUUCCCAUGGUUGGGAACACAUCCUAACUUAUUGUGUGUAUGUUGUGCACGUCCUCCCAGACAUGACCACUUAUGGUAAUAAUAGACAGGAUUGUCUCUUUGACAUUUACAAAAUGAAUAUUGCUGGAGCAGUUUUGCUUAGGUUAAUGCAGCGCAUCUAUUGUUACACAAUUUAAUCCAAAAAUAACAAUCAGGCUGGAAACAUAAUCACUUGUAAAUCUGUUUGGUUUAUGUAUUAUACUGAGAUUGAAAGCUGACGGUGUGCUUAAAGGUGAUUGUUUAAGAGGGUGCUUUUUAUCUUCAAUCCAAACUAGCGUUGGUCAACAACAGACAUCCAUCAGUACCUGCUUCAGCUGUAAAAAGAUUUUAUAUACAACUUUAUUUUAUGGUCUUUAAGAGCCCUCCAAUCUUCUUCUGUUUGCCCUUCAGAUUGUCUAAAUACUUUUUUUAUUUCACUAUAUAUGAAAAAUAUCACUGAAAUAAGUUGUAGAGACCUUACAGGAGAAUUGAAGAGUAUGGGACAAUUUACGGGGGAAUCCUUGGCCUAUAAAGUGAAAGCUGGUUGUCAAAUCCCCAAAACAUCCUUUCUAGGCUACCUGUCCUUAAACCUUUUUUGUUUCUUCAUUGACCACCUUAUGUAAAUAAAAAUAACACAGCAUGCCUUGCUAUGUUGACUGUUAUUGCAAGGAUUGUACAGGCAUAUAGGAUGUGCAAUAUUAUCUACCUAUAAUGUAAGAUUAGUUAUAUUUAAAGUCCACCUUCUGUAGUGUAUGUGUUUAAUCCGUGCAUUGAUGUGGCAACAUUUAUUUUAGUUUGAAAUCUCUUAUACCGUUUCUUCUGCAAAGUGUCACCUUGACACACUAGCAGCCGCUGUGACUACAGGUGAUGUGAAUGAUACCCCACCAUUUCUUGUCUGUAGUUCUAUUCUAUCAUUUGUGGGAAGCUGUCUUGGUGGUAGGUGCCUAAGUUGCUGGUCUUCGAGCUUUGUAAAGUUCAUUUUAUUUGUUUAUUAGCACUAAUGGCUAAAUAUAGCUUUUAUUUCCACAGUUGUAUAUGGAGAAAAAGCCCCUGGCUCCAUCCAUUUUGCUGAAGGUAAAUGACGUAGCCUAAGUGGAUGUUGAGGCUCCUUUAUAGCUUUUUCUUAUGAGAGCUUGUAGAGCCAGAAUUUUUCAUUCAUAAAUAAAAAUACGAAUGGAGCUGCUAAUAAAAGUUGCAGUUUCCAUUAACUUAAGUUAAAUCAGUUUGUACAAAGUCAUUGUUAGUUUUGAGGUAUGUACAAUGCUCCCACAUUCAAUCCCUGGGCUUCUGAAAGCUUACUGCAAUAUCUAAAUAGUGCUUUAAAUAAAUGGGGAUAAACACCAUUUUGGAAUGUCCUUCAAACUGAUUUAAAAAAAUGUAACAAGAGGUCACUUCACUAGUUAUGAUUUCUUUUACAAUAAAAUAAUACAAAUCAACUAAAGCAUCCAAUUUUUAAAUGUAUUAUAUGCAUAAAUGUAAAUUUAAAAAAGCGAAGAGUAUCCAAUUUGUGGGUAAUACAUGUCUAACUUUUUUCUGAAUAAUGAUGCAAUAUAUGCAGUAUGGCUAAUCAAUUAUGCACACAAAUAGAAACGGUGUUGCAAAUUGUCUACACAGGUUAUUUAAAAAUUUGCAACCUAAAUAAUAUAAAGCAGUCUAUUUAAAUCAUGGCACUGUAUGUGCCACACAACCUUCUUUAGGACUUCAUUUGUUGUACUCUUAGUGUACAAAAGAUUCUCUUCAUGCAGUGUGGCCAUCAGAGGUACAAAAGGCUGUGCUAUUCUGCUAUCCUUUAUGCCUGUUAGACUGUAGCUCCGCUUUCAGUAGCAACGAGGACAAUACCCGUGAAUAUGCUCUGUGCCUCCAAUUUGGCUACCAAAUGCAAAGAGAACUCCACAGUCACAAAUUUGGUCAAGCCAUAGUAAAGUACCAAAACAUGUAAAAACCACGUGGGCAUAAAAUAAAAAUCUGUCAAUGUGGUUAGUCUGUCUAGUGAACUUUUAGCUAAACUUGUGCAAUUUAACCCCUUAAGGACCAAACUUCUGGAAUAAAAGGGAAUCAUGACAUGUCACACAUGUCAUGUAUCCUUCAGGGGUUAAACUUUCGCAAAAUCUUUGUUUUUUACAGCGUUGUAAACCAGCACGUGAAGUUUACAUUUCUAUGCAAAAAAUAACUUUUUAGAACUAUAGCGUUAGAGAAUGGCUCUCAUUUUAGUUUUGGAAAAACAGUCCUCUCAAAAAAUUAGUCCUCUGUACCAUGUCAGAACAAAUUAAUUGUAUCUCAAGGUAAAUAGGUUUUAUAUCAUCUAUCCAUUUACAUUAAUAAUUCUUAAACAUCUGUUAUUUAGGUUUUCAUUUUUUUUUUGUUGAAAACUGUGUAGAAAAGAAAGAGACGCAUAUUUUAUAAAAAGAGGAGGGAUGGGGUAGGGCGGGGCUUGGUGGAAGCACAGUGCACAAGCUUCUCUAUAGCGCUCUGUUCCCCCCUCCCCCCUUACAGGGGGACCCGAUUUUUGUCUACACAAAUAAGUCGCCGUCUAAUCUAGGAAUCCCUGAUGACCGCUGGCACAUCUCAAGCAGCCCUUUUUAUCUUUGUGCAGCCAUGACAUAUUGGAAGCCUACUUGCUGAAUUAGUGUGGGAAAGGCCGCCACUCUCCUUUAGCCUUAGUGAGAUUGCAUUUCGAUUUAGAGCCCCUGUUUCUCCCCAUUUGGACCAGUGGGGGUUAUCCCAGGUCUGGGAGUCCUACGGACACACAUCCUGACAUGCAGCCAUCUUUUUCCACAAUGGACAAGAUGGUGGCACUUGUGGCCUGCUCUACCCUCUCAGCAUUACCGCCGCUACCUUUAGCAAACUUGAAUAAAUUUUUGUGUAUUUUCUUUGACGGAUAUUGCAACUGCGCAAACAGCAUGUGGACCUCCAAGCUGCCAGAGUGUGAAAUUGAUUACUGUUCCAGGCAAGCUCCCAAAAACCUUUACCAGGGUGGUGGCUUAUAGUCAACUUAAUGCGCAAAGCUUCCUUUUCUGUUCCAUACUAGCAGACGGUUUCAGCCCUUACUAGACUACUGGCUGUAUCAUCCUCCUGCAUGGGUUUGAUACAAAGUGGAGCCAAAUUUUAGCUAACGAUUCGGGAAGGCUCCUCAUUCCAGCUCUUCAGAAAGGCAGCCAUUUACCAGAGUUUGUACUGCGUCUGGUUGAUGAGGAAUUAUCUCCUCCUGCCCUCAAGGGAUGCUGAAUAUCGUGCCUCUGGGCAACUCAUUAUUGGGAGGAAACUGGUCCUUAUGGAUGUUUGCUGAUUGUACACCAAUGCUUUGGUAUUUUCUCGUGAUUCACGUCUUUGUGCAACACAGACUCCUGUUUUGUUGUGUUCUAUUCAAAAUAGCUACACUAUUUCCAUUCAAAAAACCUCUUAAAGGACCACUAGAGUGCCAAGAAAACAAACUCGUUUUCCUGGCACUAUAGUGCCCCGAAGGUGCCCCCACCCUCAAGGUUCCACUCCCGAGAGGCUGAAGGGGGUUAAACACUCACCUUUCUCCAGCGCUGGGCUACCUCGGCGCUGGGGACUCUUCUCCUCCUUCGGUCAUCAUCGGCUGAAUGCGCGGCAGGAGCCGCACGCACAUUCUGCCAGUCCAUAGGAAAGCAUUCUCAGUGCUUUCCUAUGGACGCUGGCGUCUUCUUACUGUGAAAAUCACAGUGAGAAGCGCGGAAGCGCCUCUAGCGGCUGUCAAUGAGACAGCCACUAGAGGCUGGAUUAACCCAUAUGUAAACAUAGCAGUUUCUCUGAAACUGCUAUGUUUACAGCAGGCAGGAUUAAUCCUAGAUGGACCUGGCACCCAGACCACUUCAUUGAGCUGAAGUGGUCUGGGUGCCUAUAGUGGUCCUUUAACAUUGCAAAGUUUCAUACAUACAUAUAGAAACAUAGAAUGUGACGGCAGAUAAGAACCAUUUGGCCCAUCUAGUCUGCCCAAUUUCCUAAAUACUUUUCAUUAGUCCCUAGCCUUAUCUUAUAGUUAGGAUAGCCUUAUGCCUAUCCCACGCAUGCUUAAACUCCUUUACUGUGUUAAAACUCCUUUACUGUGUUAGAAUAUGUUGUAAAUAUUCCUCAAGCAAUACCAGGAACAUUAAAACAAAUGUUGGAAAACUUCCCAGUAUCAAAAUGUUCUCAUUCCAAUGAAAAAAGUUAUGUUGCUACAGCAAGUUAUAUAUUACGGGCUGUUGCCUGGUGUAUGAUGGACAUGAAAAUGGUUCUGGUACCUAGAGUUUCCCUUUAAAUUUGAUAUGAUGGACGAGAAACAAUGAUCCUUGGAGUGUUUCUUGAUUACAAUUCUCCCAUAGCCCAUCGUUUCCACCUUCUGGCUCUCACUUAGCUGUAGUGCUGGAGAGCUGUACCCAUUGAUCACCAGAUAAGAUGUCAAACUGUUCUAAAAUGGUUUGACUACUUAAAAUAAGUGGUGCUAGGGCACUCCUGGCACCAUAACUACUACAACACACUGUAGUGAUUAUGGUGCUUGGAUUAUUCUUCAACGUUAUAGUGUAUAGAUUUGGUGAUGAGAUUAUUUGUAAAUUGUAUGACCUCACCUCCAGAAUCAAAGCAUUUCUCUUAGUUUGCACAUGACAUCUACAAACAUUAAUGAAUAGGUGUGACAUUUAUUGUUCAUAUUAUACUAAAUAAAUUGCUAAAUUACAUUUAUACAAUAAUCUUCAAAAUGCCACAAUAUUCUAUUUGCAUUGUUUAUUGAAAUUUUAAGGAAUUGGCAAGUUUCUAACAUUUUAUAAAUAUUCUUUGUUUUAGUAAAAAGUCCCAGAAAUGGGAUGAAAUGAAUAUCCUAGCUACGUAUCAUCCUUCUGACAAAGACUACGGUUUAAUGAAAAUUGAUGAACCUAGCACACCAUAUCACAGGUAAACAUAAUUUCAGAGUAGUUGUGGAAUCUAUAUAGGAACAUCCCCAUGUCCCAAACCCGUAUGUGUGCUCCAUUAAAUAUUCGUGCUGUGGAAACAGGCAGUGUGUCAAAUAAUUACUCCACUCAUGCUAUGUGCUCUUGGACAAGAAGUAAAAUACAAACAGGCUUUCAUCUGUAUUUCAGUUAGUUGAAACCUUGAUGUCUAGUAGUUUGAUUGCAAUUAGAAGUUACCAUGUAGGACAUCAAGGUGAAUGUUUCACAUCUCCCAACCAGUUGCAUAUCAUGGGUCAUAUAACCAUCACAGGCCAGUCAUUUGGCAUUUAGUUUUCUACGUGGAUACUCUUACGUGGUACACAUCACUCCUUCUCCCCCUCUCAGAAGGAGUUUAGACAAAAAAUUGUUUAAAAACAUUCUACUUUGUGGCUACAUUAUUCCUCUUCCCCUAACAAAGUAAAACGCUCAAAUUUUGUUCAAAUUUCCAAUACCUAACACUUCUUAACAUAGACACAAAACGUAAACUGAGAUUGGAGUGAAACGUGUGCAGAAAACAGAGGAGGAAUGAAACGCCUCAUAUGAUAUAUUAAAAAGGUUUAAAGGGGCACCUAAUUGCCCAAAUAAAAUACACUAUAUAGUAGAUGUACCCCAAAACAAACUACAUGUAAAAGCUGCAGUUCUCUUGUCUGAAGCUUUUGCAAGCCCUCCCCUUCUAACCCCGACCAGACUUUCAGUUGCUGUCCAGUCUACAUACUUACCAAUGUAGCUCAAUGAGAAGCCUAUGCAAGGCAUGAGCUCUAAAGAAAUAGUAUUUUAUUUUAAUAAAUACAUGAAAAAAACAAAUGGAAAACCCUAUCCCUACCUUUCGUAUAUGACAAGAUCCUUCAGCCAUAAACAUGUACCUUAGCCCGUGUUUGAAGCAGUCAGUUAAUCGCUGUGGUAUACCCUGCUUCUGUGCAGUGAGUGAAGCAGGGAAGACCAGAGAGACUGUUGGUUUCCAGAAACUGGUCCCAGAAAGCAUAUUCCCGUAGCACUUAAUGUCUUCUACAUGUUGGUUGUGUCCACUGAUCAUUCCAUUCUGGUUAAAGGCCUUCACCCUAGUCAGUCACUUUACGUUCUUCACACUCCCUCAUACUCCACAGACUACAUUAUUACAAAUAUUCUUUGACGAUAUCCAAAGAAAGGCGCAUACACUUUGCUACCACAUAGUCCUGACAGAAAAACAAAAUAGUUUAGCACCAGAACUCCUCACAGUUCUAGGAAAUAAUAGCCACCAUAGCUCGACCAUCAUGGGAACAAAUGUUUUAAACAUCACAUUGAUACUGUACUUUCAUUUAAAAAAUAGUGGGAAGGUUGGAACUCACUCUGUAAGAAUGCCCUAAAGAAAGCAUUCUAGGACUGUGGGGAUAUUUAUGGGAUAAUAAUAGUAAACAGUUGAGAAUUGCCCACUAUUUCAAUUCUCAGAUCCCAAAGAACGUUUAUCGUGUUAAGUGGAAUGUAUUUCAUAUAAUAAUAUCACAAUGUAUAAAAAUAGAUUUUAUUUAUGAUAACCAAUAAUUAACAAAUAAUAUUAUGUAACAUGCAUAACAAUAAUCAAUGAAUAUCCAGUAUAAAAUGGUAUGCAAUACAAAGGAAUGGGUAUUACGUUUCAAUGGCUAAAACAGCAUUAUCUGUCAAGACUUAUUUAUUACCAUCUUUAACACAGACUGAAAGUAAAACUUUUCACACAGAGAACAGAAUUCCUCAGAGUGCAGCGUAAGGUCGUAAAGUUUAGCAGACAGUUAGAAUAACCCUUUCAAUGCUGGCUAGAUCUCCUAGGUAGUUAAGAUCUAUUCUUAUGUAUUUUAAAUAAAAUAACAUUUAAACCAGUUCAUUAGUCAUUUUCUUAAACCAUCCAUAAGAGAAUUUACCAUUAUAUAAGCAGAUUUUUAAUUUGUCUAAAAGAUAUCUAUCUUAAUUUAGAGCAAAUCAAUACACCUGGAUAAAAACAGCGGUAUGCUAACACGUGAUAAUAUCACAUCAAUAUAUAAUUAUUCUUAAUUCCACCUGCAGAAUGGAAUGUUUAUAACUAUAUAUUCUUUAGUUAACUAAGAUUUCUUAAUAUGGAAAUCUGACCGUGCUUUAUCCAGUCAUAUAUAAUGCUAUUAAUACAUUUUAAUUAAUUUAAUUUAAUUAAAUGAAACCAGUAUAAUUACCAGUUGAGUAGAUAUUUCAUCCGAUUGGUAGCCUCAGGAACUUAUUUGGAUGUCUCUCUCUGCAUGGAGGUUGGAGUCCCCAAACUUCCAAUUCCUCUCUCCUCUUUUUCUUUGCAUCUCUUGCAUCUGCCUCCUUCGUAUCUUUCUGUAUCUAUCUUCCCUUUGUCUUAACUUUUAAAGGGCCAGACUCUCUGUACGUCAUCAGUUGAUAACCCAAUAGAAGCACUAGAGGUGUGGUUAUCUUCCAGAUCGCAAAUUAGUUAUUUGGUCUGUAGAGGGCAGUCUUGUCCCACUAAACAUACCUAUCCAGGAAAGAGUUAACUUUUCCUGGUGGCUAUUUUGACGUCAUUUUGCGUUAUCUUUAUAGCGCCAUAAUUUAAAAUUUCAAAGGAUUUCUUAAAUUUUGUCCAGACUUAGCGUCUGCAAUUCCUGCCAUAAUUUCUGAUAUGACAGAUCAUGAACUAAGUUUACCCUUUUCCAUACAAUGGUACCUUAUAUAUAUAGACAGUUAAAUAUUAAAUUAUUUAAUCUUCUCUGUCACAAUUGUCUGGGUUUAGAUUUGAUUAUAUUCCAUUAGCAUUAGACAGUCUGUCCAACCCCCUUCCUUAUCACUUGUUUAUACUAUGCAUUCCUUAGCUCUGGCAAAGAGGCCAGUCUUACAGAUAGAAAUACUGUGUCUCUUUGUUAACUUGAAAUAACAAAAUGGAGUCUGGUCUGUUCAGAGUGACUCAGAAUAUACACUUUUAGUUUCUAUCAUAGCACAAAAUGUCUGCCGAUAUAAAUACUCUGACAGGACAGAGGUAGACAUAUUGGUUAAACUUAAAUUGUGAAAGAAUCUUUCAAAUUCGAUGUGUUUGAAUUAUUUGCCUGUUUGUAUUAGCUGGUAAUAUCAUUGAUAUAUGCUGUUUCUUAAGGCUCUGUUGAGAUGGUGCUGUGAUUCGUGUAAAUUUUUUUUAAAAUUUUAUUUCUUUUUAAGGAUGGUUGGUGAUGAAGAUGAUGAAGGAGCCAUGAGUGAUUCAGAGUCCAAUGAAGCAAUGACUGCAGAUGUGUUGGCUAGAAAGUAAGUCACAGUGCUAGUUGUACAGCUUGACCGUAAAGCAAAGGUUGCAAGUUUAGAAUAAUUGAAAGUUGAUGAGCAAUGGCAAACCUAGCUCUUCUGUUGUUUUGGAAUAUAACUCCUGUAAUACACCCAGGCACACACACCAUUCUAGGAUGAUUACUGACCACCACUAGACUUUUAACUCCACUACAGCUGGAGAGCUACUUCAAACUUCUGAUUAGUCCAGAGCCUAGGAGGCCUAAAACAUAUGCAGCUUCAUCUUUCGGGCUAUUUCACAUAUUUGUUUGUUUUUGCAUAAAAAUGUUUCCACAAUUAAAAGAUAAAAGUCUUGUUCUAACCCUUCUUCCAAUCUGAAAUCUAAUUUCCUUCUGUUCCUCAUUACUUUCCAUUCCUCGCAUGCUAUUUGUUUAUAUUUCCUCUAUUUGCUCCUCCACUGUGCAAAUGGUUUUAAUAAUUAAGUUCUUAAAUAUGUCAUGUGUUUAUUGUGUUAAUAUGGUUGCAGGUUAGCAGCAGCAGAGGGAACGGAGCCUAAAUUCUUGGUUCAAGAAGAGAGCAGUGAAGAGGAAGAAGAUGAAGAGCUGACUCCAGAAGAGAGAGGUGCUGGCAUGUUUGGCUUUUAAAAGUAACUGGCACUUCUCUGAGAUUGACAAAUCCUCUGUGCUCCAUUAUUGAUCUGCACCUGUCCAUGUGCUCUAAUGGCAAUAUAGGGUUUAAAGUUAUCUGUAUUGUGUGUGUGUGUGCCCUGCUGCUAUGAACAAAUAUAUAUAUAUAUAUAUAUAUAUAUAUAUAUAUAUAUAUAUAUAUAUAUAUAUAUAUAUAUAUAUUAGACUUUCAGUUAUCUCAUGGGUCAUACCCAAAUCAGAGAAGUGACAACUUUCAAUACAUAUUUUAUGGUCCAGGAAAAUAGUUUUUCUCUUUUAUAAUAGUGAGCAUUUGUGUUUAACUCCCUAUACAUCCCUGCAUUCAUACACACCAAGUGACACUGCAUGUACAUAGACCCUUGUAUUCUCACACACUGACACUCUAUACCAUGUGUUUAAAAUUUGAUAAAGGGGAGAGAAUAGUAAGACAGUUCAGGUUAAUGUGGCACAUAUUAACCACUAUCAAAAUGUAUCACUGUGAAACUUCUUAAAGUGCAGAAGCGAUAAAUAAAAGUACUUUAUACUUUCAAUACAUAUUUUAUGGUCCAGGAAAAUAGUUUUUCUCUUUUAUAAUAGUGAGCAUUUGUGUUUAACUCCCUAUACAUCCCUGCAUUCAUACACACCAAGUGACACUGCAUGUACAUAGACCCUUGUAUUCUCACACACUGACACUCUAUACCAUGUGUUUAAAAUUUGAUAAAGGGGAGAGAAUAGUAAGACAGUUCAGGUUAAUGUGGCACAUAUUAACCACUAUCAAAAUGUAUCACUGUGAAACUUCUUAAAGUGCAGAAGCGAUAAAUAAAAGUACUUUAUACUUUCAAUACAUAUUUUAUGGUCCAGGAAAAUAGUUUUUCUCUUUUAUAAUAGUGAGCAUUUGUGUUUAACUCCCUAUACAUCCCUGCAUUCAUACACACCAAGUGACACUGCAUGUACAUAGACCCUUGUAUUCUCACACACUGACACUCUAUACCAUGUGUUUAAAAUUUGAUAAAGGGGAGAGAAUAGUAAGACAGUUCAGGUUAAUGUGGCACAUAUUAACCACUAUCAAAAUGUAUCACUGUGAAACUUCUUAAAGUGCAGAAGCGAUAAAUAAAAGUACUUUAUGUAUAGUGCUCUAUAUAUAAAGCACUUAAAGGAGCUUCACAUCGAUACACUGUUAUAGUGGUUAGUAUUGUUUGUGUCGAGUGUGAAACACAAAUAGUGCCUAGUGCCCCCUUUUAACGCAGCAGUUUAAAAAUUUGCCAUUCUGCAUUUUAUUCAGUUGGUCUCAGAGAUCUUCUUGGAGACUACCACCCUUUUGCCACACAUGCACACUAACCUGCCAAUGCCUUUUCUAUUAAAAAAUAAAAUAAAAAUUAGAUUGGCUGAGAUCAUCCAUCUCCACCAAAUAAAAUAUAUGGAGCUUGAGGGGGGAAAUCUGUGAGGGGAAAGGGGGUAACCCUGACAGCGUUGACCCAGUUCACCUAACUGGUGACUAUAGCAUUACAAAAACAUAUUUGUUGUAUAUUUUUAAUGUGGCACAUUUUUACUCCAGUAAAGUAAGAGUUAAAUGUGUUGUAGAAUUGUAGAAUUAAACCAUAUUGUUUUUAAUUUAUGACUCUGGAACGCAUGCGGCUGUAUAUAUUUAUUUAUUUUAUAUGACCAGCAUUAGAGGGAAGAGCAGCCACAACUUAAUUUAAAGAUUUUAUUUAUUAUUAAUUAUUUUAUUUAUUUUGCUUCACUGAUGGGCUGCUGUUCUAUAUGUCGAGGUCUGACCUUUAUAGCUGCCUCUCAGUUCCUAUAGCAAAUCCCUGUUCACAUGGGGUUAGCUAAUGUAAUUCAGAUAUGUGCUAUGAUUGUAGAUUGGUGGUUUUGUGACCUUCUUGAGUAGUUUAAGAUUGCAUUUCCUUGGCAGCCAUAGUUGAGACUGAGGUUUUGUUUCUUAUCUUCACAUCUCAUAGAAAAAAAAAAGGAAUUUGAAAUGAAAAGAAAGCAUCAUUACAAUGAAGCCAUGAAUAUUAAGCUGGCUCGGCAGCUGAUUGCAAAAGAGUUGGCCGGAGAACCAGAUGAUGAGGAGGAUGAAGAUGAAGAGAUGCAAGAUAUCACAGACACAGAAGGUUAGAAUAUAAAACGUACAGUUUUUUUUUUUUUUUUUCGUUUUUUUUUUUUUUCUUUAGACUUGCUUUAGAGUCUGUUUUGAAAUAAACUUAAAAAAAACUGUUUUAGUGGGCCUAAAAUUCAGUGUUAAACCAUUUUUGAGCAGUUUGACACUAAAUGAAGGUCCCUAGCUUCCUACAGGCCUGCCUCCACAAAAGGUGUGGCUAAGGCAGAUAUUACACACUUCAUUUUAGCCACUGUGAUUGGCUAAGAGUGCCAACUGACCAAAUGUAGCUUAUCACAGCCACCCUUUCCUGCUCAGGCUAAUGCUUCCUCAUUAGCCCAAGCAGCAUAGAGGAGAUUGGAUGCUGGGGACUCUUGUUUACCAUUAAAUCACUAAAAGCGGUGUAAUGUUAAAUGAAAGAGCACUGCCAAACACUAGAAUCACUUCACUGAGAUGAUGGUAUAGUGUCUGAAGGGUCCCUUUACAAAUUCACACAUUGCAAUCAAAGAUAUUAACAAAAAAGAAAAACAUUAAUUAUUUGAAAAAAGUUGACUCUUCUGCCUGUGAUUUACACAGCCGUCCUACAUACUUCCUUUAAAAAGAGAUAAUUUUUAAACUUACUUUGUGGUACAGUGUACUUAAUUUAUUUUAUAUUACAAAUAGGAUGUUUACGUAUGAUCAGCAUUAAAAGGUUGUGCAAAUCAGCAUUUGUGGUAGGCAUAUUUAUGAAAGAAAAAAAGGCUUAAACUUUGCUAUUAAAGCAGGAUCUAAGAUCAAAGAAAUGCUUAGUACCAUAGGAGAAUUAUGUUGCACUAUUUGUUAAGGAGAAUUAAGCGAAGUAAUGCUUGAUAAAGUAGAUUAGGCAUAAGAGUUUACUAAGUGAUUUCAAACUUUUAGGGUUGUGGGGAAGCUUGGGCCUGCGCCUCUUGUGCAGGCUGAGUGGUGGCCUCGGUAUGGGCAACGUUCCGCUCCUUAAGUUGUGUGUUGUUAGAUCGUGUGAUUGGCUCUGAGUUGCUUGAGCUAGGGGUCGUGUGUGCGGAGGCCGGUAUCAGGGAAUAUAAAAUAGUGUGUAGGCUUAAGGCUGCGAGGAAUUCAGAACCGCUUAAUGCGAUGUUGGUGUGUUAUCUUCGCCUGGGUAGUAUUCUUGGCCUUAUUCAUUUUACGCCCCUGUGUUUAGCUUAAGUGGCUGAGUGAUCUUCAAAAGGUACAAAGGCGGGUGGGAGGUUGGGUGGUUUUGAAAGUCGGGCCUUAAUGACCCUCAUCUGUGGUGGAAGGGUUUUGUUAGGUGUCAAAAUCAUGGUAAACAUAAACAGGCAUUAACUAAUAAAGCAAGCAAUUUUAUCAUAAAACAGUAUGCUUGUUCUGUUGCAGCUGUGACAUGCGUGUCUGCCGGGACAAAAGGGGUGACUUUCGCCAUGUCCCAUGUAUGUGGCAGCUUUGGGGUGCUUUGUGUUUCAGGCCUGGCCAGAGAGUCCUUCGGGAGGCCCAGCAUUACUAGCAGGGCGACUGCCCCGUUCAGAUCCCGAACCUCAUGGGUAACACUGCCCUGCAUGACCUGUAGUUUCCUCGGUGAACGCCAUCUAUAGAGAAUGUCUCUGUUUCGGAGUGCUGCCAUGAAGGGUUGCAGGGAGUUUCUCCAUUUAAGUAUUUUCCCUGAGAGGUCAGUGUCAAAUGUCAAUGACCUAUUCUCAAACUGAUAACCACUUCAGCGCGGCCAAUACUGCCGCAUUAUCCCUGUUGCAGGUAAGUUGUACCACUAUGUCGCCAGUGGCGGGCUCACGUGCUCUCCAGGGCUUUGUAUUUCGGAAGGUCCCAUCUAUAUGGAUGCUUUUGGCCUGUUUGGGAGUCAGUAAGGCACAGAGCAGUCUUCGUACCAUGUGUGGGAGUUCCGCCACUGGUAGUUUGUCGGGUACACCUCAUCCCUUGAUAUUGUUGUGGCGCUGUGCAUCUUCCAGGAGCGCAAACCGCUGCUCAAAGGUUAGUUGUUGCCUUUUAAGACACCGCACUUUGUCUUUUUUUUUUUUAUAGAGAAGAGCCACACAUGCGUCAUAUAUCCUAAAUGCGUCUCUGGCAAACCUUUUAUAGAACAGCUUCAAACAAUCCAAUCAUGGAGAGCAUCUAUCUUAUGUGAACUAAAUUUAUGUGACUGCAAGGAAUCUGUUCCACUAUUUCUGAAUAGUAUCCAGAGAGAAACAAGAGUUGUCCAACACUCCUAAUAGUUAAAAAAAAAAAAAUAUAUAUAUCCCUUUAUUGGCUACCAUAAGCUGCAGUGUUUAGACUGUCUUUUAUCAAGCAAUAAGAUCUUUUCACUAUAAGGAGUGCUGAACAACCUUUGUUUCUGUUUUGGUAGAACAGUUGUCAUCAAGCUUGAUGACCUCAGUGAUAGCAGAUCAGCCUUAAAAGAGGCUGUUUCAGCAGUGGAGUACAAGUAAGUUUAGGCAUGAUUUUAAAUAUCUAUAUUUUUUAAUGGGGGGCAUACAUCUAAAGAUCUUAAGUUUAUUAUUAUUAUUUUAUUUUUUUUAAUCUUUUAAAUAUUUUCUGAAAGCUUUUGUUGAUCUUUCUUUCUCUAGCUCAUCCUGACCAGCUGCAGAUCAACGAACAAGCUCUCUAGAUUAUGCUUGCGCUGUACUGCUAGAUGAAGGCCUAUUUAUUGCCACACCAAUGCACUGACCUGAACGUGAAUGGACUACAUUGAGGAGUAUAAAAAUAAUUCUUCUCUGUUGCCAAUGUAAUGUUUCAGACUCCUUAAUUAAGCAGCCAUUUUUUUAUUACGCUACUGACUGGUAGGUGUGUCUGACAUAUAGAGUUUGAUAUCGGUAGCCAAAUGUGCAAGUAUUAUUUCAGAGAGAUCUUUUACCCACAGUCAUUACAUGCAAUAUUAGUUUGCCAUUCAUAACACACUAUCAUGGUUUUAUGAACUCAAGCAUGUUGGUUAUAGGUUUCCCAAGUAUGCUUUUUCACGUGUAAAAUAUUCUGUUAAAGAAAAUGUAUCGUUGAUAUAAAAAGUAAUUCUUCUACUGCUUUGAAGAAAAAAAAAAUUUUUUUUGGGGUUAUAGGAAAAAUUGUUUAUUUGUAGCAUUUAAAAAAAAAAAGUGUGAUGUCCCAUUCAUUAUGAUUUGCAAAUCAUAACCAACGUAUCAGGACAACCCUGUAACAUCUGCAUAUGUGUCCUUGGAUAGUUACAUUUCCUAAAUGCUACAAUAACGAUUUUGUACAGAAAGUACACUGUCUGGCGUUAAAAGCACAUUUAGUAUAUUGUUUUGUUUUUGGGAUAUAUAUAUAUAUAGUUUUUUUAGAUUUUAUUUAGAGCUAUUUCUAUGUAUUCGAGAGGCACUUUUAUUUAAAGAGAAUGAACAAAUUGAUCUAAAAUGAUACAGUGGGAAAAAAACUGAAUGGCAUAAAUGUAUUUAGAAUUCAGCUGUUGGUAAUAAUUGCUACAUAAAUCCAACAGAAAUAUUCUGAUACUUUAGUAACCAUUUGUGAUACACUCUACACUGAGGUUUACAGUGAUAUUACAUUUAGCCAUGUUAUAGUAGGAAAUCUUUACUAUGUACCAACAUUUUUUGCAAAGUACAAUCCGGCUGUAUACAUGUCGUCUGUGUUACCUUUAUUCAUAAACCUAUUAUCUAUGUUCAGGAAUAAAUGAUAAAAAGGGCUGACUUGAAUUUGUGCAAUGGGCAAUUCGGAGCAUGAGUUUGUCAAGAUUUUUUUGCCUUUAUAAGGCUUCUGCCUUGACUGUUAAUGUAUUAGGAAAUACACUUAUACCAGUGUAAUACACGCAAAAUAGUGUCUUCUUUUAGUCAGUUAUCCUAAGGGCAUCCUCCCAAAGAUUGUUUAGAUUUUCCCCAUUUCUCAAACAGAUUAUCAAUCGUCUGAUAGAUAAUGUAUUGUAGGUCUCUCUGCUUUGGGAAAUAAAUGGAAGAUAACGUGCUGCUAAACUACUGACCCUUUCUGGGAUUCCUUCUUGUAUGCCAUGUGAUGCCAAUAAAUUCAAAUAAGGGAUUGUGUGUGAAUUUAUGCCUCAGAUCAACUAUUAUUCUUCUGGAUAAAUACAUGGAUUUCUGUGUUUUUGUUUUUUUGCUUUUUUUGGUGGGGGGGGAGGGAGGGUGUUCCCUUCUUCCGUUAAACAUGGGUAUAGUAAAAUUAGCCACUUAUUAAAGGGACACUAUAGUCACCAAAACAACUUUAGCUUUAGAAUAGACUAUGCACCUGUAGUCUCACUGCUCAAUUCUUUCAUUUGGUAGUAAUAUCACAUUUGUUUCUGGCCAUACAGCCCUAGCCACUCCUCCACUGGCUGAGACUGAACCAGCCAGCAUGAAAUAAAAAUUGUUUAAGCUUUUUAUCUCCUGCUCUAUGAAUUGAACUUUAAUCACACAGGGGGGCUCCUGCAGGCUCUACCACGCUAUUGAAAGAGCAGGGGAUAAGAAAUUCUAAAUUAAGCAGAAUUUGUAAGAAAGGAAGUGUAAACAUUAGAUGACUCUUUACAGGAAGUGUUUAGUAAGGCUAUGUAAGUCACAUGCAGGGAAGUGUCGCUAGGGCUGCAUAAACAAAGUAAUUUAACACCUAAAUCCAAGAGAACUAACUAGUGAGACUGCAGGGGCAUGAUCUAUACACCAAAACCGUUUCAUUGAGAUAAAGUUGUUUGGUGACUAUAGUGUCUCUUUAGUGAUGGAACUUAACGAUCUACUUCUAAUAAUAUAAAAACAAUAUAAUGUAUUUUACUUACCAUGGUACUGGAAACUAGACAUAAUACAAAACAACAGUUUUCUGACUUAUGAGUAGAGAUGGACUCUCACACUUUAAUAACAUUAUAUAUGAUUGGCAACGAGAUUAAACAACCAAGGUAAAAUGGGGAUUGGGAGAAUUACCAACAAAUUAAACCAGUCUAAAUGUAAUAAAAUCCAUGGGCUGAGUUGAUGAGCCAAGAUGACGCUAGAACAGGUUAACUGUUAACAGACACAAUGUAGAGUCCGUAAGGCGUUUUAAAGACCAUAUUAAAUGGUAAAACCAGGAAAUAUAGAAUAAAUGAAUAGACUUUCUGAAAUCCCUCAGAAUCUAAGUUGUAAAUUCACACCAUUCCACUCAUUUGGUGAAGGUAAGCCCUAUUAGCCAGCAAUGGGCUGUCAGGAGAUAGAUUACACAAGGGUGCAAAUGCCACUUGGUGUUGCAAAGCAUGACAAUGAAAUAAAAGGAAACAGAGGGAUUAGUCUGUGAUGGUUUCUUGUAUAUGCAAACUACAUAUAGCAUAUGGCAGUGGAGAGAAGUUGGUUAAAGCUGUUAGGGUGGUGGUCUAGGUGAGUCUUCGCAAGCUGGCAAAAAAUUGCGAAAGUGCAUUAGACCCGUCUAUCCACUCUCACUUUGGUCAGAAGAGGUAUGUGGCUGGAGUGAUUGCUCAGUAUUUGGUACAUGUUCCUUGUGCUGCUUCAAUUUUCAUAAAAAAUUUAAAUAAGAAAAAAAAAAAAAAGCACAUGAAUAGCUAAUGCAUAUCUGCCACUGGUCUCUCAACUAAUAGAUCAAUGCAUGUAGGAGUCACAGAGGACAGUCACUGGUUAGUCAGCAGCCAUGGUGAGAUUUCUACCAAUAUAUAUAUAACAGAUAAUGGGGGGUACAACCCAUUGUAUAGCGCUGCGGAAUUUGUUGGAGCCUUAUAAAUAAUAAUCUAAAAAGAAAGACAUCUAAAAUAGUUUAAUACAGUAAAAUCAGAUAAAUGCACUGCCCAGACUGAAUUACACUCACAGGACAAAUUAUGUUUGAAUAAAGGUGAUUUGUUAUCCUAUUUAAGGGGGUCUAGCCACCUAAAUAGUGUUUAAUAAUAUAGUAAUAGACAUUUGUGUUCCUUUUAAGGUCCAAAGCAAUUUUUUUUUUUUUUUCUCCAACCACAAUUUCCAUCUUCCUCAUUUGUUGCACCAACACAUAUUAUAUACAGUUUUUCAAAGUGCUAAUGGGGCUUUCAUUUGAUGUAACACAUUUCACAGUUUUGGAAAUAAUGAUUGUAUAUUUAAUGCAGCUUUAGAAAAGUAAUUGAACAUAAAUUAAUUUAUCUUGAUUUACAGAGGACAAAUCUAGGAUUUCAGUUUUUUUCACAGUAACAAGAAUUAAAAUACGAGGUGCAAAAUUCGUUGUGGAGCAAUUUUAGAAUUUGAUAAGUUUGUCUUCUAUGUUUAAUAGCCAUCAUAGAAAACUAAAUUGCAACACAAAAGUAUAUAUUCAUAUAAAGUGGACAUCACAUGCUAUUUUCUUAUUGGUAUUUCGACACUUAUUUAUACAUUAAACUGCAAAUAUCUGCUAAUUAUUGUAGUAAAAUUGUGUUUUUUCACAUUUUAACAUACACUUAUAACAAGAAAAAAAUAUUAUAAAUAGGAUGGCGCAAAUGGGAGAAGGAUCUUAGUACAUGCAGCAACCAACAAAAACAAAUCCUGGUAAAACGAUUUGAACAUAAAAUAACUUACAGUAGUGAUGGUGCGCAACAACAAAAAUCGUAUUUACCAUGAACCUCUUAUAGAGAGUGAAAGGAACCCUGUGUCCAUGAAAUGAGGUGUAUACAGAGUGGAAAUUGUAACACAAACAGUGGUUGUGGUAAAGCAAAGCACAAUCUGUAGGUAUACUUGCAAACAUGGAAAUCACUC